AUGUUUGCCGGUAGCGACGAGUUACCAGUGUUUAGGCCAUUUCGGCCGACUAUCACAAAUCCGUCAUUGGCCGAAUUCUGUUACGCAUUUGUUAAUUCUCAACGCCUUGCCGGUUUUGACUUGGAGCCAAUUGGCCCCCUGCCUGGCACACAUGCCGCGUCCGGCGUGGGCACAAAGUCGCCUUACGUGCCCCAGCAAAAGGGGCGUAACGCGGCCAACAUGAUCGUGGGGGGGCGCGAUGGGCUGAUGGAAGUGGCCAAGGUCGUUCACCUUUUCACUUUCAUUCCUUCCACUCACCGUCAUCUUUUCCAUCCAACUCUUCUUGCUCUCACACUCAUCUUCACACCACAUCCUCCCACAAGCUCUCCUCGUCUCAAGCUCGAUUUCUUUCCAUCUCACCGGGAAAAAAAGGGAAAGAAAAAAACACUUCAAAACAAACAAUUCGAAACCAUGUCGUCCCCGACCGUCGAGACCGCCCCCCAGCUCGAGCAGCAAGUGGCCAGCUCCUUCGCUGUACCCAACCAGCCUUCCCACUUCCUGUCGCUGGCGCCCACUACUUCGUCCACCUAUCCCCAGGCUUCUGACUUUACCGGCCGCAUCGCUCGUCGCAGCUCCAGCGUCAGCAGCACCGCUUCCAAGCCGGGGUUCCAGUUCCUGAAGCUGGGUCCCGUCCACUAUGGCGUGCACCAUGACGACGAUGAGGAGUGA